UCUUGGACAAGGAUGUAGCAGGAACUGAUAUAUGGUCAAUAAAUGACGACGAUGAACAAAACAUUUGUGGAAAAAUGCCAUUUCCCUUAAUAAGCGAAAUAUCGAACAGCAUCAAAAAUGGCAAAGACUCUUUCGAUUCUUUUACAGAUCUUGACAUAACGUUGUCUACAGGGGAGUCCCAGAUUACAGAGGAAAUACAAGUACUUCAUGAACAAAACACGGACCCAGAAGAAAUGCGUAAAUUCAAAUGUGAAAAAAUUGGCUUUUACCGGCAUCCCACCGAUUGUUCUAAAUUCUACCACUGUGCAGAGUACCGAGCAACAACAGCCCAACCUGAAAGCCAGCAUGCUGUUUUUGUAUAUAAAUGCCCCCGCGGAUUAGUGUACGAUGAGCAUCAAAGUUCUUGCAAUUGGCCGUCUUAUUCUGAGCCCUGUCAAGGAUCUGCUGAAUUGAUGCCAGUCACACCAAAGAAAUUCAAAUGUACAACACCUGGAUUUCAUGUUCACCCUGUAGACUGUCGAUGGUUUUAUUAUUGCUCUGAUCUUGGAGAUGGGCAGUUGGCAGCGUUCGAAUUUCUUUGUCCAUCCCAUCUUCUUGGUUUUGACGAGAAGAACCUGCUUUGCAACUGGAAAUGGAUGGUUCCACAGUGCGAAAGCAACGAGCAAGAAAAAGUAACGACUGUAACUGAGCAAUCUCACAAUGCAAGAGAGGGACACCUUGGUAUUGGCACAGCUGACAAGAUUCCAAAUGAAGUUAAUGUUAAUAAAGUGAUUACAGAGACCAUAUUACCUAUUUCCAUAGCUAAUCCAAUUGCGGAAGUAAAACAUAUUCCAUUAGAUGCUAGAAUUCCGAGUCCCAAGCAAGAAACUUCCUUUAGACGAGAUCAGCUUAGUGUCAGUAAAACAGGUCCAACUUAUGACACUUCUUAUGAGACAAAAUCUUUAGAAAGAAAAACUGCUUCUUUUGUCAACUAUACUGAUGCAGUACCACCAUCAUCACCAGAAAAAUCAAACCUCAAAUCAGAAAAUAAGCCUUCUGUAAGUAUCUCUAAUACCAGAAACAAUACCGAAAAGAAAUAUGGAACAGCAUAUUGGCAUAGAUAUAUGAUAACUAAUCCAUCCCGGGUUCAAAUUCCACCCUACGUCUUUGAUGUAAUCAUCGAAAAACCAGUAGAUUUUAAGGUUGUAAAUAAUGAAAAAUCAAAUUCUGGAACUCCAUCAGAAAAUAAUUCUUCAGGAGAACACAGAUAUGGUAUUGGUCGAGUAAGGAAGCUUAAUGUUAGACCAGUUAGAAAUCAAAGCGUUAAUGGUCAGUCAUAUGACUUAAGUUUGAAGAAAGACGAACCAUAUAUUUUUAAUCAAGGUAUCACUCCUGCAAAAGAAAACAAACAAUUUGCAGGAAAUGAAAACACUGGUAGAAAUUAUCAAUUUGAUAGCCAAAGUUAUUACGCUCAAAACCUUCAAGGCAGAGCAAUAGGGAAAAACAGUUUGACAAAUUAUAAAUUCGAAGAUACUAUAAAUAACCAUCAAAAUCCUAAAAUUAAUGAUCCAUUUAAAGACGUGAAAAACCAACAGCAAAAUUUGGCAAAUAACUUUACAAAUGAAGAAAAUAACCCUAAAAAUCCACAAAGUACUAAUUCGUUUGCUAGAGUAAAAUGUUCAAAAUUGACUGCAGCUGCUACUGAAAGUGAUCCAACAAUAAUAGAUGAAAAUACAUUUGGUUGUACUGGAGAAGUGAGUUUAUUUGUGAAAAUGAAGGAAGGCAAUGAAUUCAGCAAAUAUGUAUUGAAAACAGAUGAUAUAUCCAAUUCUGCACAUCAAGAAUCGAAGCAAUAUAAGCUUUUGGUUAAUGACACUGAUGUUAAAAAUGAUUACAAAGUACGAAAUCUUCAACUGAAGAAUACAAAUGAGCCUUUAUCUAAGAUACAAAACAACAGCAAUGAAAAAGAUAAGCCUAGAAGCUCAAGGUAUACUCAAGGCAGAUCUGCAUCAAGCAAUUUAAAUUUUACAUUAUCAGCAAGAAGCGCGCCAUUGAUCUUGGAAGAAAUUCGGUUGGAUGACCAAGAAAAAGAUAGUAAAGAUAAUCUUUCUUUAACGAAUUCUAAGCCGGAAAGACAGAAUUCCGAAAAGAAAAAUUCUUUAGAAGUAAAUGAUUUCCAUUACUCACUGCGUCACGAAAGGGAAAAAGAAAAAGAAACGUUAACAAUAAACACCAAAGCGAAAUUUAUGCCACUUAGCUUUUAUCCUCAAGGAGUUCUUUUAAAUGUUGACUUAAAUCAUAUCAACGAAAUUCCUCCUCAAAUCUUGCUAGAAGUUGACAUAAUGCUGAAGAAUUUUAUGACGAAUGGAAAUAUAGAUGUUAAUUUAUUGAUGAAAAAGUUAAAUGCAACUAUGGAACCCAUGGAAAAUGUUGAACCCUCUAACAAUACGACAAAUGAUAAAAUUGAUUCCAUGUUAAACAUGUUAGAAAAUAUUCUAAAUUCUACUGACUCAAAGAACCUUGGAACAGAAUCCAACAAAGAUAUUUCAGAUGCUACUUUUACAAGUGAUAAGUCUGUAAAUUCAACAACGGAAGAGCUACCUUACGAAAAUAUUACUAGAUCCAUUGAUACUUUUGAUAAUAAUACUAACAUUAGCGUUAGUACGAUAGAUGAGAAUGAAACAAACAGUUCUGUUAGUCCAACUGAAAAAAAGAAUGAAAAGAAUAUUCAGGUGGAAGAAGUUGAUUCACCUAUUCAUGAAAAUAAACCAUUUGUAAGAAGACGUUUGUUUCGCAAAUACAGAUACCCGAGCAUCAGAGAACAGCUUGAAAUUCAAAAACUACUCGCAUCUUAUAGAACAACCACUCAGACACCACAGCCAUCUACAUCUACUAAGAAUCCAAAAAUAAUUUCUAAUAGAAGUAGGUAUCCUUCGAUCAGAGAACAGUUGCUGUGGAACAACAAUGUUGCCUUUGGCGAUUCAAGAAACUCCUUGACUUCUGAAAAAGAAUAUCCAUCAACUCCAGCAAUUGAAUUCGAUGAUGAAAAAGGUUACUCUUCCUACAGUAGAAAUGAUGAAUUCGGAAAAAAAAUAAAACCUGCAGAAAGGGACAACAGUUACCAAAUAAAUAAUAGAUGGCUAUCUUCCUCUUACAACAACGAAUUGGUAAACAAAAAUUUAGCUGCAAACAUUUCAAGAAAUUCGGGUUCUCUUCAUUCUAGUCAAGAUACAGCAUUUCACACUCAUUUUUCUAAUAUUAAUAAUUUCGUACCUUAUUCCGCUCCAGAAAAUGUAAAGAAUACUCACUUUCCACAAAAUUAUGAUCCACCUCAAAAUCCUCCAAGUGAUAUAUCACAAUUUCGGUACACAUUACCACUUUCGCCUUUACCUUAUCCAAAACAAAAUCCUUCAAUUCCUUCUCAGGGCUUACCUGAAGUUAAUUAUUUCAAUGAUUAUAAUAAGCCUUUACAGUAUUCAACAGAAUAUCCUUCUAUAGUGCCACAAGACAUAUCGACUGGUGGUGGGUAUUCUUUUGAUUAUCAUAGUCGUGGAUCUGUUCAUUAUACACCAGGAAAACCUCCUACAGUGCCACAAGACAUUCCCUCUAGUUAUGAACAUUCUUUCAAUUCACAAAAUAGAGGAUCUGUUCAUUAUAAUCCAGAAAAUCCUUCUGUAGUACAGCAAGACUUAUCGACAGGUACUGGACAUUCUUUCAAUCAUCAUAAUCAUGGAUCUGUUCGUCAGAGCUCAGAGAAUCCCCCAGAUAUCACCUCUUCUGAUGAACGUUCUUUCAAUUCACAAAAUAGAGGAUCUGCCCGUUAUACACCUGAAAAUCCUCCUGCAGUGCAACAGGGCACUCCCUCUAGUAAAGUACAUCCUUUCAAUCAUGAUAAUCAUGGACCUGUUCGUAACAGCCCAAAAAAUCCUGCUGUAGUGUCACAAGACAUUCCUUCUAGUGAUGAACAUUCUUUCAAUUCACAAAAUAGAGGAUAUGUUCGUUAUACACCCGAAAAUUCUCGCGUAGUGCCACAUGACAUUCCUUCUAGGGACGUACAUUCUUUCAAUCAACAUUACCGUGGAACUAUACGCUAUACUCCCGAAAAUACAUCUAUUCCACAAAAAACAAAUGACCAAGGAAAUCCUUCUAUUGUACAUCAUAAUAAUUUACACCACAAUCGUGGAUCUGUACGUUACUUAUCAGAAAGUCCUUCUACUCCAUAUAGUAUUACUCAUAACAGAGAAAAUUCUGAUGGUCUUCAUAAUCGUAAUGCAUCACAUUAUAUACCAGAAAGAGAUCCCACUUUCUCACAAGGUAUACCAUUUGGUGAAGAAUACUCCAGCAAACAUCAUAACCGAGGAUCUGACCAUUUCUCACCAGAAAAUCCUUCCAUUAUACCUUUAAGUGAAACAAAUUCUUUCAAUGAAGCUAAUCCUGGGACUUCAUAUUUCGCAGGAGAAAAUCCUGCCAUUUUAUCCCAUGACGUACCUGUAAGUGCAAUAAAUUCAUUCAAUCAACAUCAUGGUACAUCUUCAUUAGAUGGAAAUUCUGAUGCUCAAAACAGAAAUCUGAGCAAUCGCACUCAAAAAAGAAGAAGAAAAUCCAAGAAACUGAGAAUAUUAGUUAAAAAAGUACCAAAUGGCGCUGAAAAUAAUAAAGAUUCUGCAUCUCGACAAGACGAACAGGGCAAUAAACGAACAAGAAUACCAAAAAAACUGCUGACGGAAAUAAGAACAAAUUUGAUUCGAAAAUUAGCCGUAAAUGGAAAGAAUGAUGUAGAAUUGGAAAUUCAAUUUCAAGAUCAUGUAUGGAACAUUCCUUUUGUCAACAAUCAAAGUUCAGUAGAUAUUUCUCCUGUAGCUUGUACGCGAGCAGGAUUAUUUCAACAUCCAAAAGACUGUAAUAUGUUCUAUGAAUGUUUCUGGGAUAAAUGGCUUAAAAGAUUUACAUUGCAUGUAUUUUCUUGUCCAGUGAGAUUAGUUUAUGAUGACAGCAUACGUGGUUGUAGUCGUCCUACUACGGAAUCGCAUUGUCGGAAAGCUACUUGAGAUGUAUAGAAAGUUUUCAACUCAUUGUGUGUGAUAAGGAAUAUAUGUUCUGGGGUUUGGUUCUUAAAAAGGAAGUGGUUCUACUUUCAUUAUUGAAAUUUAAUGUUGUUGCAAAAUAGCUAUCAACAGUUCAAGCUUUUGCAACAGUUUUUGUAAGGACACUUACAAAAUCUCUUCAAAAAAAUAAUGAAACAUGUCAUGUUCAAGUUCCAAGCAUAUAAUGUGCCAAUAAUCUGAGUAUUCCUAUUUUAAGUUGUUAAGGCCAAGUAGAUUCAUUCACAAAAUCAUUCAUUGU